CUGUAUCUCAGCCUGAAGACCUCCGAGACCAGAAUCCAGACUCGGUCCAGGAGAACACGGUCCACCAGUCACAGCGGAGACCUGCAGGACGAUGGCGAACCAGAACCCGGACCACAGGAGCCAAACAGCAGCCUCGUGCUCUGAUAGCACCGAUGUUCAGAAACGAAGAAGAAGAGAGGCACUCAAACGUCUCUGCUGUCAGCACUGUGGCAAAUCCUUCUCAACAUCUGGAUCUUUAAAGAUACAUCGGAUGCUUCACACUGGAGAGAAAGCGUACUGGUGUGACCAAUGUGGUAAAACGUUCACUACAUCAAAUCAACUAAAAAUACAUCAACGUGUUCACACUGGAGAGAAACCGUACAGCUGUGACCAAUGUGGGAAGGCGUUCACUACAUCAGGUAACCUAAAAAUCCACCUACGUGUUCACACUGGAGAGAAACCGUACAGCUGUGACCGGUGUAGGAAAGCUUUCACUCGAUCAUGUCACCUAAAAACACACCAUCUUGUUCACACUGGAGAGAAACUGUACAGCUGUGACCAAUGUGGGAAGGCGUUCACUACAUCAGGUGACCUAAAAAUCCACGAACGUCUUCACACUGGAGAGAAACCGUACAGCUGUGACCAGUGUGGGAAAGCUUUCACUCAGUCAGGUAACUUAAAAAUCCACCAACGCGUUCACACUGGAGAGAAACUGUACAGCUGUGACCAGUGUGGGAAAGCUUUCACUCAAUCAGGUCACCUAAAAAAACACCAACUUGUUCACACUGGAGAGAAACCAUUCAGCUGUGACCAAUGUGGGAAGGCGUUCAUUACAUUAGGUGAACUAAAAAUCCACCUACGUGUUCACACUGGAGAGAAACCGUACAGCUGUGACCAGUGUGGGAAAACUUUCACUCAAGCAGGUAACCUAGAAUCUCACAGACGUGUUCACACUGGAGAGAAACCGUACAGCUGUGACCAAUGUGGGAAAGCUUUCACUUCAUCCAGUCACCUACAAAGGCACCGACGUAUUCACACUGGAGAGAAACCGUACAGCUGUGACCAGUGUAGGAAAACUUUCACUACAUCAAAUCAACUACAAAUACAUCUACGUGUUCACACUGGAGAGAAACCGUACAGCUGUGACCAGUGUGGGAAGGCGUUCACUACAUCAGGUGAUCUAAAAAUCCACCUACGUGUUCACACUGGAGAGAAACCGUACUGGUGUGAACAAUGUGGGAAAAUGUUUGCUCAGAGCAGUAGCCUUAAAGGCCACCAACGCACUCAUGAUGCUUCGUUUUGAACAUAUUUCAGAGCCAAGUGAGGUGUUUCCUCCUGCCUUCUUGAUUCCUGAUUAGGAAUGCGGUUAUUACCGGAUUUCACUACUAACCGCGCUUUAAAACGUCAGGACUAAUUUGUAAAGGCUACAUCAAGUGUUUCUCUUGUGGGGAACAAAACUGUUGCGUGCUUAUCAGAGACAUGGAAGCUACUACUGUACACUGGUUAACUCUGGCAUAGGGACCAAACUGUGAAGCUUUAUUUCCACCAAAGAAACAUCAGUUUUGGGGUUAAACGGUUGC